GCAUUUUGUUUGGCGCCGAUGGAGGGAGUCACUCCUGAGAUCUUUGGUCAGUCAGACGGCAGAACUUCCGGUCGGCAUUUUGUUCUACGAGAGGAGAGCCUCUUGAUGAUCGCAACAAUCGUCAUAUUUCUCAUUUACUGUCGAAAUUGGCUGCACUCAUUGUUUAUGUCGGCGCAGACCGACUGAAACUCCGAAGAGCGAAUGUUUCCCCAUGAAUGUACGUUGAAACAUUCACCCUUGAGUGACGGAAGAAGAACGAAUCAGUCGACCCGGAUUAUUGUUGAUAGCUAGCAAGCUAGCUCACCAGCUAGCUGGCAAGCCAAUCGAGUUCCUUCUGGAGGAGCUGCGAGAGAGAAGAAAGGGGGAGCUAGAGAUACGGACACAAACCAAGCUAAAACAUUCCCCUCCCUUUGAACGCAACAUCCGAAGAUAUAAGGAGUAGGACUUUUUAUCUGAAAUGUCAGUGAGUCCACCCGAGACUGCACAGAAUUCUUCAAAAAGGUGUCAGGAGAUGUGAGGACGGGUGUCGUCCAUCGACCCCCUGAUCUACCUGUGUAUCAACACACUCCCCCACCCUCACCUUCAGCAUGAAUGGGGAUAUGCCUCAUGUUCCCAUCACCACUCUUGCUGGGAUCGCUAGCCUCACAGACUUGUUGAACCAGCUGCCCCUCCCUUCCCCUCUCCCUGCCACCACCACUAAGAGCCUCCUAUACAAUGGGAGGAUCGCAGAGGAAGUUACCUGCCUACUGGGCUGUCGGGAUGAGAAUCUGGCCUCCCAGCUAGCCCAUGGCCUCAACCAGGUCUCCACAGAGCACAUAGAGCUGAAGGACAACCUGGGUAGCGAUGAGCCAGAAGGAGAUGCACCACUGCUGCUGCAGACCAUGCUGGCCAGGAACCCUGGCAUCUUCAGGGAGAAAAAUGUUAUGCAGCAGCCAAUGGUACCACCGUACAAGAUCACCCAAAAUUCCAUGCAUAGCCCUGCCCAGUCUGCAAACUUCCAGCCGGCUGCAAUUUCUCCCAAUCCAUCAAGCCGGUUUGUGUCGCCCCAGACUGGUUCCAGUAGUCGGUAUAUGGGCCAACAGAAUAGUCCAGUACCCAGCCCCUACACUCCACAGAGCCCUGCCACUGGUUACAUACAGCAGUAUCCCCACCAACAACCACCCAGCUAUAACCAACAUCAACAGAUACAGCAAGUGUCUGUGGCCAGUCCCAUGGUUCCAGGUGGCAUACGAAAUAUCCACGAGGGCAAAGUAUCGGGGCAGAUGGCCAACGCUGCCAACCACCACUCAGACAGACAUGGCACCGAGGACUACCUGAACAUUGUACACCGACUGAGCAGUGAGGAGGGUGACUCCACCAUGAGGAAUCCUUCUUUCCCUCUGAGGUCUCCACAGUCUGGCUGCUCCCCAGCAGGGAGUGAAGGAACGCCCAAACCGGGUUCUCGUCCCCCGCUGAUUCUGCAGUCACCACCUCCAUAUGCGCCCUCACCAAGGGAAGGAGGACCUGACCAGAAACAGCAGCUCCAGCAGAGGAAGAAAGCCCCAGCGGUGAAAGAGGAGAAAGAUAUGUACGACAUUGUAAGCUCUCCAAACAAGGACUCUACAAAACUCACCCUCAAGCUGUCCAGGGUCAAGUCAAAUGAGUCCGAUACCCCAGGUGAGGUUGUGCCGGGCAUGGACCAGAACUCUGACAAUAUGGAGGCGGAACUGGGCUUUCAGCAGGUGCCUGUUCUCCAACAAAAUCUAGGAGCCCGGCUGCAACAGCAGCAGGCGUCCCAGCAAGCAGGUGGUGCCAGUGGUCUCCAGCCUCCCAGUUCCCCUUACGACGAGGCAGAGCUGGAUGCCCUCGCUGAAAUUGAAAGGAUAGAACGAGAGGCAGCUAGUGAGAAAUGCUCCAAGGAGGUGCAAGAUAAAGACAAGCCUCUGAAGAAAAGAAAACAGGACUCAUUUCCCCUUGAGCCAGGCGCGGGGGGACCAGGUGGCCCCACAGGUGCACCAGGCAGUGGAUCAACAGGAGGGGGCAAUGCUGGCAAACUGACCCCACAAGAGGCCACCGCAGCUGGGAAUGGUGCCAGCCGCCCUCCCCUUAUGGUGAGCAUCGACCUCCAGCAGGCAGGCCGAGCUGAUGGCCAGCUCGACCCCUGUCUGGCUGCCCCUAUUCCAGCCCUUGAGGCCCAACGCUGGCCUGAAGAACCAGCUAGUGGACCGGCUGCAGUGGAGGGUUCUGACACGGCUUUGCGGUUGAAACCAGAUGGUCGACCGGAAGUCAUCAAGAACAGGGUCGAUAAACAUGACAACAGGAGAGAAGGUCGGGAGUCAUCAAAGCACCGACAUGAUGAAAAAUCCUCGGACAGACGGGGAGACAUGCCAAAGUCAUCGAACCGAGGGGAACAUGGACGAGACAGGGACCGAGAAUCUGACAGGGAUAGGAGGCAUCGGAGUGAGACUGGUGGUCGAGACCGACGCUCCCCUGACUCUCGGUGCCGAAGUGACCGAGAUAGGUCUGGCUUCCGGGCUUCUUCCACUGGAGAGCCUGGUCGGAGCAGCAAUAGGCAAGAUGGUUGCAAACCGGCCUCAUCUGCUUCUGGUGCUAAACUUCCAGACUCUUUCCCUGCUCAUCUCCUUGGAGGCCACAGUGGUGCACUGAAGAACUUCCAGAUCCCUAAGAUCAAACGUGACAAGGAUGGCAGUGGGUCAACUGAAAGUCAAGCGUGGGGCCAGCCCAAGGUUAAACUGGAGAGGCUGGGUUUGGUGCAGGACUUUGAGAAGAGGCCCAAGCCUGUAGUGCUUCUGAAAAAGCUCUCCGUCGACCAGAUCCAAAGGAUCAUCCGGCACAGCAAGUCUGGAAAGAACAGGAUCUCGUCAGGAAAGUCUAGCAAAAGUGGUAUGGACCCUGCAGUUCUGAAGGAGCUGCCCCCAGAGCUACUGGCAGAGAUUGAGUCGACCAUGCCUCUGUGUGAAAGGGUAAAGAUGAACAAGAGGAAACGAAGCACUGUAAAUGAGAAGCCGAAAUAUGCUGAGGUCAGCUCGGAUGACGACUUUGAUGCAAAUGGAGAGUCUGCAAGGAAGCGGCAGCGCCGGGACAAAGACAGGGCCUGGGACUUUGAAGAAAGGGAGCGCCGUGGUUCAGGGGAGCAUCGUAAAAGCGGGCACCGGGACAGCCGACGAGGCUCAGGCAGCCGCUACCGAGACUCCUCCGAGGAAGAUUCACCACCACCCAGCAUGAGUGAAGUUGCCAGAAAAAUGAAGAUGAAGGAAAAGCAGAAGAAACGGAAAGCAUAUGAACCCAAGCUGACACAAGAAGAGUUGAUGGACUCGUCCACAUUCAAGAGGUUCUUGGCAAGCAUUGACAACAUACUGGAGAAUCUGGAGGAUGUGGAUUUCACUACCAUGGCAGAUGAUGAUGAGAUACCUCAGGAAUUGCUGCUUGGUAAACACCAGUUGCAUGAGCUGGGCAGCGAGUCUGCCAAGAUUAAGGCCAUGGGCAUCUCCAGCAGGAUCCCAUCAGACAAGCUGGUGAAGCUGCUGAACAUACUGGAAAAGAAUAUCCAGGAUGGGGCCAAGCUCUCCACCCUGAUGAACCACGACCACGAUGCUGAAGAUGAGGAGAAACUUUGGAGAGACCUGAUAAUGGAGAGAGUCACAAAGUCAGCAGACGCCUGUCUGACAGCUCUUAACAUCAUGACCUCAUCGCACAUGCCGAAGGCUGUCUACAUAGAAGACGUCAUAGAGCGGGUGCUACAAUACACCAAGUUUCAUCUUCAGAACACACUGUAUCCACAAUACGACCCAGUCUACAGGGUGGACCCACAUGGUGGUGGCCUGUUGAGCUCCAAGGCAAAGCGUGCGAAAUGCUCCACACACAAGCAGCGUGUGAUUAUCAUGUUGUACAACAAAGUGUGCGACAUUGUCAGCAACAUCUCUGAGCUCCUAGAGAUCCAACUACUUACAGACACCACCAUCCUCCAGGUUUCUUCUAUGGGAAUCACGCCGUUCUUUGUAGAGAAUGUCAGUGAGCUGCAGCUGUGUGCCAUUAAAUUAGUUACAGCAGUGUUCUCACGUUACGAGAAGCAUCGACAGCUGAUCUUGGAGGAGAUCUUUACCUCUUUGGCCAGACUGCCCACCAGCAAACGCUCCCUCAGGAAUUUCAGGCUGAACAGCUCAGACAAGGAUGGAGAGCCGAUGUACAUCCAAAUGGUGACGGCUCUGGUGCUGCAACUGAUCCAGUGUGUGGUCCAUCUCCCCAACGACAAGGAUAUUUUUGAAGAGUGUGACAAGGUGGAUCAAGAUGUGUUGAUAACCAACUCAUAUGAGACGGCGAUGAGAACAGCACAAAACUUCCUCUCAGUCUUCCUCAAAAAGUGUGGCAGUAAGCAGGGAGAAGAAGAUUACCGGCCAUUGUUUGAGAACUUUGUCCAGGACCUGCUUUCGACAGUAAACAAACCAGAGUGGCCUGCUGCAGAGCUGCUGCUCAGUCUGCUUGGCAGACUACUGGUACACCAGUUCAGUAAUAAACAGACAGAGAUGGCUCUGAGAGUAGCAUCUCUAGACUACCUGGGCACAGUGGCUGCCCGUCUAAGGAAGGACGCAGUCACCAGCAAGAUGGACCAGAGAUCAAUUGAUCGUAUCCUACAAGAGUCUCCAGGUAGUGAUGAGACCCAGCAGCUGCAGAAGGCUCUACUGGACUACUUGGAAGAGAAUGCUGAGACAGAUGCCUCACUGGUGUUUGCUAGAAAGUUCUACAUUGCCCAGUGGUUCCGGGAUACCACCACAGAGGCGGAGAAGUCCAUGCGGAACCAGAAUCCGAAGGAUGAGGACUCAUCAGACGGACCACAGCAUGCCAAGGAGAUGGAGACCACUGGUGAAAUUAUGCAGCGUGCUGAGAAGCGCAAGAAGUUCCUGCGCAACAUCAUCAAGACCAUGCCGGCUCAUUUCGCCACACUGAAAAUGAACUCUGACACUGUGGACUAUGAAGACUCUUGUCUGAUCGUGCGUUAUUUGGCCUCCAUGAGGCCGUUCGCCCAGAGUUUUGAUAUUUAUUUAACACAGAUCUUGCGAGUCCUUGGGGAAAGUGCCAUUGCUGUAAGGACUAAAGCCAUGAAAUGUCUGUCUGAGGUCGUGGCUGUGGACCCCAGCAUACUGGCAAGGUCCGACAUGCAGCGCGGUGUCCAUGGUCGUUUGAUGGACAACUCCACCAGUGUGAGAGAGGCAGCUGUGGAGCUGCUUGGCAGAUUUGUGCUGAGCAGACCCCAACUCACUGAGCAGUACUAUGACAUGCUCAUAGAGAGGAUACUGGACACUGGUAUCAGCGUAAGAAAGCGGGUGAUCAAGAUCCUCAGAGACAUCUGUCUGGAGCAGCCAACCUUCAGUAAGAUUACAGAGAUGUGUGUGAGGAUGAUCCGCAGGGUCAAUGAUGAGGAAGGUAUCAAGAAAUUGGUGAAUGAGACAUUCCAGAAGUUGUGGUUUACUCCGACUCCAGCUCAUGACAAAGAGACCAUGACCAGAAAGAUCCUCAACAUCACUGAUGUGGUUGCAGCGUGUAGAGACACCGGCUAUGACUGGUUUGAGCAGCUUCUUCAGAAUCUUCUCAAGUCUGAAGAGGACGCAUCGUAUAAGCCAGCAAAAAAGGCCUGUGUUCAGCUAGUUGACAAUCUGGUAGAGCACAUCCUCAAAUACGAGGAGUCUCUUGCAGAGAACAAGGGCGUAAACUCAACACGGUUAGUGGCAUGUAUCACCACCUUGUACUUGUUCAGCAAAAUCAGGGCCCAGCUCAUGGUCAAACAUGCCAUGACCAUGCAACCCUACCUGACCACAAAGUGUAACACUGCCAAUGACUUCAUGGUCAUCUGUAAUGUGGCAAAGAUCUUGGAGCUUGUGGUACCUCUGAUGGAGCACCCCAGUGAAACUUUCCUUGCCACCAUUGAAGAAGACCUCAUGAAGCUCAUCAUCAAAUACGGCAUGACAGUGGUCCAGCACUGUGUGAGCUGUCUUGGAGCUGUCGUCAACAAAGUCACGCACAACUACAAGUUUGUCUGGGCUUGCUUCAACAGAUUCUAUGGAGCACUUAACAAGCUGAAAAUUCAGCAUCACGAGGAUCCUAACAGCACAACGUUGGUAGCAAACAAGCCUUUCCUGCUGCGAUCGCUCUUCACUGUGGGUGCCCUGGCCCGACACUUUGAUUUUGAUCUGGAGGAGUUCAAGGGCACCAACAAGGUUGUUAUCAAGGAGAAAGUUCUCGAGCUGCUGCUAUACUUCACCAAACACGAGGAUGAGGAGGUCAAGACCAAAGCCAUCAUUGGCUUAGGAUUCCUUGUGAUCAUGCAUCCCAGCCAGAUGUUUAUGCCGGAGGUGAAGUCCUUGUACAAUGGCAUCCUGGCUGACAGCUCUUCUUCCAUCAACCUCAAAAUCCAGAUCCUCAAAAACCUCCAGACGUACCUUCAGGAGGAGGACACGCGGAUGCAGGAAGCAGACAGAGAAUGGAAGAAACUGUCCAAACAGGAGGAUCUAAAGGAGAUGGGAGACAUCUCUUCAGGGAUGAGCAGCUCCAUUAUGCAGCUUUAUCUAAAGCAGGUGUUGGAGGCGUUCUUCCACACCCAAUCCAGUGUACGGCACUUUGCUCUCAACGUCAUAGCUCUCACACUCAACCAGGGACUCAUCCAUCCUGUACAGUGUGUACCCUACCUCAUUGCAAUGGGAACAGACCCAGAGCCCAGCAUGAGGAACAAAGCCGACCAGCAGCUGGUGGAGAUUGACAAAAAGUACACAGGAUUCAUCCAUAUGAAGGCAGUUGCUGGGAUGAAGAUGUCGUACAAUUUGCAGCAGGCCAUCGAAUCGUCUCGUAAGACCAUCAUAAGAGGUUUCAGGCAGGACGAGACCCACUCAGCACUCUGCUCCCACCUCUUUACUAUGAUCCGGGGGAACCGGCAGCACCGAAGGGCUUUCCUCAUCUCACUGCUGAACCUCUUCGAUGACAGUGCUAAGAUGGAAGUAAACAUGCUGCUGUUCAUAGCCGACAACCUUGCCUGUUUCCCAUACCAGAGCCAGGAGGAGCCUCUCUUCAUCAUGCACCACAUAGACAUCACCCUGUCUGUUUCUGGCAGCAACUUGUUGCAAACCUUCAAAGAGCUUCUGCUAAAGGAGCCGAGGCAUAAAGAGAAGAAGGUAAAGAAGGAGUGGAAGAACAUGUCGGAUGGGGAGGAUGAAGAGGAAAAGAUGAACUGCGAUUCUCCCAGGAGUGAUGAUGAAGAAAACAGCAACAGUGAUGACGAUGUGGUACGGAGGCCUAAAAAGGCCAGAAAACCUGUUGCAGACAGUUCAGAGUCAGAGUCUGAUCUGGAUGAUUUGGAUUUGGAGGAUGUAGACAAAGUAAUGAGGCUCCUCCCAGACAAUCCCACAGGUCUCUUGGACUUUGCUAAUGCUGUUCAAGGCAUCCUGUUGCUUCUGGUGCUCAAACAGCAUCUGAAGAACCAGUAUGGAUUCUCUGAUAGUAAAAUUCAGAAGUACUCUCCAACAGAGUCAGCCAAGGUGUACGAUAAGGCAGUGAACAGAAAAAACAACGUUCACUUCCACCCACGACAAACCAUUGACUUCAUCUCCAACAACAUGGCUCACGCCACUCUGACAAACGAUGUCAAGAGGCGGAUAGUCAGACAGUACCUAGAUUUCAAGGUUCUUAUGGAACAUCUGGACCCAGACGAGGAGGAUGAGGAGGGAGAAGCGUCUGCCAGCGCUAACAUCAGAAACAAAGCCAUAAACGCCCUACUGGGAGGUUCCGGCCCCUUGUCAGGACCGAGUCCACGUAAUCAGGCAGGACCAGAGACAGAUGACGAUGAUAGUGAUGGCGACGAAAGGACCCCAGGGUCCUCUCGAAGGUCAAGGCGAGCAGGUGACUCCUCGGACCCCGGCCGUAUGAGUGAGACAGUGGAGGCCAUGGAUGUGAUUGCCCUCUGCUGCCCCAAAUACAAGGACCGGCCGCAAAUAGCUCGAGUCAUCCAGAAGACCUCCAUUGGAUACAGCAUCCACUGGAUGGCCGGCUCCUACUCGGGGCCCUGGGCAGAGGCCAAGAAACGCGAUGGCCGCAAACAGGUGCCUUGGGUGGACACUAUUAAGGAGUCGGACAUCAUUUACAAGAAGAUUGCCUUGACCAGCAACCACAAACUGAGCAACAAAGUAGUACAGACUUUACGCUCACUGUAUGCAGCGCGGGAAGGAGGGGCUAGCUAAUGGCUCCCGUGUGGUGUUUUUUUUUCCCUUUUUAUUUUCUUUCAUUUCUUUUUUUUUUUUUGGUCCCCCUGCUCCAUUUCUACUUUAUCAAAAUCCUCCUCUUCCCUGCUCCUCCUCCUCCUCCUCAACCUGCCACCUCCAACGACACAGCCAAACUUCACUGGAUUCCUACCCUCCUCCUCUCCUUCCUCAUUUUUGUAAGAAAACACAAGAGAGCAAGAAUAUUUGACACUACAUACUUUUACAUGAGUUAUUCUUGCAAAAAUGAAAAUGACACAAAACAUAAGACUUAUUAUAUUAGAGGGACUGCUCAUGUUUUGUUUGUGUACAAGUGCAGAGGAUAGAAUCCAGAAGGCAUUAAAGGAAUAAUUCACCCAAAUUAUCCCUUAAAAAGGCUAUCAGAAUAGAGACCUGGAGGGAAAUGUUUUGUCAACAUUGUUGUGGGAGCUCCUUCGCUGUUGUGCAGCAGAUUCUAGUCGCUCAUUUCUACUCCCACUGUAUCAUAGUUUAACACAACAAAAAACUAAAAUGUUUAUAUCUCUGAAGACAAAAAAGCUGUAAAAAAAAAAAGAAUAAAACCUUAAGUGAAUGUUGGAAAUUAGUCUUUUUGAUGUUCUUAUUAAAGUGUUUUUGGAGUUUAUUAUACUAUUAGCACCCUGAUGGUUUUUCCUUUUAGCUUUUAGAUAUUUGAAGGAAAAAGAAGAAAAAAAGAAAAAAAAAAGAAGAAUUUUUAUUUUUGUUCACUUUUAUUUGUCCAUGCUGUACAAUGGCAGAGUCCUCUGAAUAUAAUUUAUUCUAUUUCGAACUACGCAUGCAGUAUAUGUGGCCUAUUGCAGGAGGAUAUUUUGUAAAUGUAGAUUUUGUUGUAUUAGGUCACCCUAGUAAUAAGAGGAAAGGGGAUUGAUACCCUUUCGGUGGAACAAAUACUGCAAUAAAUUUUCUACUUCUCUUUGUCA